GUCUCCGUUUAACUCAAUUCAAACUUCUACUCAGAUUUGUUUCUGUGAUGUGCGGCACGGAGAAGUGGCUGGGUAGUCUGUGAGCAGAUUCAGCAGGCGCUGAAUUUCACAUGCCGAUGUGAAAUUACUUAGAAUAGUCGUGUCAGCCCUACCUGAGCCAUUUCAUCUACUUUCUGACCCGAAGAAGAGCGUUGGCGGCCAGAAACGGACAAACCGUGUCCACGACUGACCUGACAGCCAUCAUGUCAGGUUUACCGCUAAAGAACGGGAAUCUGAAGAAUCUGGAACAGUGGGAUAUUCUUGACCCAGAGUUUCAGCAGCGUUUAGAAGCUGCUCGAUCAAUACUCCGGCAGCAGAUCCAGCGGGAGCUGAAGAUCAAGGAGGCAGCCGAGAGGCUGCGACGGGCAGUCACCAACCGCAAGAGUGCAGCUGAUGUGGAGGGCCAACUUAAGGCCUCGACCCGCAAGCUGGAGAAGUUGCACUGGGAACUGCAGGAACUCAACGCAAGGUCUAUGGCCACACAGAAAGACAGUGCCAUAGGUCACUUAGAGGAAGAAGAAAAUCUGUCAGGAGAGACAUGUCAGUGGGAAGAGGUCACAUCACCACUGGACAGUCGAGUCAGAACACUGAAGAAACAACUUACCAUGGAGACCAAGGUCAAACAGGGUGCUGAGAACAUGAUCCAGACCUACACUAAUGGCUCAUUUAAGGACAGAAAGAUGCUCUCUGCAGCCCAGCAGAUGUUGCAGGAUAGUCGUACUAAAAUAGAGCUGCUGCGCAUGCAGAUUGUUAAAGUCAGUCAAGCCAGAGAUGGAGAGGAGGAUGGCAAAUAUGGUCACUCUAUGGAGAUGAUCAGUCCUGUGGAGCUGCGAGUUGCUGAAUUAAUUCAUCACAUGAAGAUUGAAUCAGCUGUAGCAGAAGGAGCCAAAAAUGUGGUGAAGCAACUGAGCGGGCAUAAAGUCCAGGACCGCCGAAUACUUGCAGAAGCCCAGGCGCGAAUGCAGGAGUCAUCUCAAAAGGUGGAUUUGUUGCGUCUCUCGUUGGAGAGACGUUUAUGUGAGCUGGCUCAUGAUCAUCCCACACAUGCUACCAUUAAAGAGGCUUUAAUGGUAGGCACCUCACCUUCUUACGGCACUCCAAAGAAACACUCCCAGGCUCCAGCCUCUUCCUCAUCUUCAUCCUUCUUCAAACCAGCCAGUCUAACAGGUCGUUUGGAGGUAUGUUUGAUGGGUUGCCAGGAUCUGUUGGAGUCAGUUCCGGGCCGUAGUUGUGUGACCAGUGUCUCAACCACCUCUGGGAGCAUCUCGGAUAUGAAGUCUCUGAAGGUACGAACCGGACGCAGUGCCAAGGCUGAAGACAUUUCCUCGGAGAUAAGUGCAGUGCUGAAGGUUGACAACAGAGUAGUGGGGCGCACACAGUGGAGACAGCUGGGCAAAGAGGCCUGGGGCCAGAGCUUCAGCAUUGAACUAGAACGGUCCAGGGAGCUGGAAAUUGCUGUGUACUGGAGAGACUGGCGAGCAUUAAGUGGAGUGAAGUUCUUGCGGCUGGAAGACUUCCUUGAUAACCAGCGACAUGGCAUGUGUCUCCAGCUGGAGCCACAGGGCGUUCUCUUCAUUGAGGUGACAUUUAUAAAUCCUGUCAUUGAGCGUCCCUUCAAGCUCCAGAGGCAGAAGCGAAUUUUCCCUAAAGAAAAAGGGAAGGACUUCCUGCGUGCUGCCCAAAUGAACAUGAACUUUGCUGCUUGGGGCCGUUUGAUGAUGAGCAUCCUGCCUCCUUGCAACUCACUGGAGCCCAUGAGCCCUCCAUUAGCAGCCCCCAGUACUACAUCAACUCUUUCACCAGCUCAAGAGCCUGCAGUAAUGAGUCUGAAUUUUGCUGAAGAACCACCAGGCAGAUCUCCACAUUCCAUAAGAAAGAACAGUAAAAACUCCCCACUGAAACAGUCUUCUAAUGAGAACAAGAGCCCAAAGCCCGAGAGACAACCGUCUGUUCUUCCACCUACACUGAAGGAUAAAGGGCUUCAAAUAGAAGACUUCAAGUGUAUUUCAGUCCUAGGGAGAGGUCACUUUGGAAAGGUGCUGCUAGCAGAGUAUAAGAAGUCAGGUAAACUGUAUGCCAUCAAAGCCCUGAAGAAAGGUGAUAUUGUGACACGUGAUGAAGUUGACAGCCUCAUGUGUGAAAAGAGGAUCUUUGAAGUGAUCAACUCGUCUCGUCAUCCAUUCUUGGUGAACCUGUACGGCUGUUUCCAGACUGCAGACCACGUGUGCUUUGUGAUGGCCUACUCGCCCGGAGGAGACCUCAUGACACACAUUCACAACAGCAUCUUCAACGAGAGUCAGGCUCGGUUUUUCUCCUCGUGUGUGCUUCUGGGUCUAGAGUUUCUCCACAACAACAAAAUAGUUUACAGAGACCUGAAGCUGGACAAUCUGUUGAUGGACGCAGAUGGCUUUGUAAGGAUAGCAGAUUUUGGCUUGUGCAAAGAAGGAAUGGGCCACGGGGAUCGCACGUCAACCUUUUGUGGCACACCAGAGUUCCUGGCUCCAGAGGUGCUGACAGACAGCAAUUACACCCGCAGUGUGGACUGGUGGGGGCUGGGGGUCCUCGUCUAUGAGAUGCUGGUGGGGGAGUCUCCUUUCCCAGGCGACGAUGAGGAAGAAGUGUUUGAUAGCAUUGUCAAUGAUGAUGUGCGUUACCCCCGCUUCCUUUCUCCUAACUCUGCAUCCCUCAUUCAGAAGCUGCUGCAGAAAAAUCCUGACUUGAGACUGGGAGCAGGAGAAGAGGAUGCCUUGGAGAUCAAAAGACACAAAUUCUAUGAGGAAAUGGACUGGGAUGCUCUUCUGGCCAAGAAGGUGAAGCCUCCCUUCCUGCCAGUCAUUAGAGCUCCACAGGAUGUCAGUAACUUUGAUGAAGAAUUCACUCGUCUCAAACCGGUCCUUACACUCCCACGGACACCCUGCAUCCUCACUGCUGAGCAACAGGAAAUCUUUGCAGACUUCGAUUUCUCUUUCAUUAGCUGACCACGGCGAUUCAAGCUCUGUCUUAUUCAACACGGCUCUUCUGGCUCAACAGAAGAGCAGAAGAUGGAGAAACUAUAGAUAUCCUUCAGAUAUUUCUUCCCCGGCAAGAUCUGCUUAGCUGGGUCUGAUUUCAUUGUGCAGGAGUUACUUUUAACACUUUGCCAAAAUCAUUUUUGUACUUUUUUGUCAUUUUUCGUUAGGCUAUUUACAGAAUAUUUACACUCCAAUGUUUCUGAAAAGUAGCACUAUUUAACCUGUAAAUAUGUGAAGUCUCAUUGAAGGUAAAACGCACUGAAUGUACUUUUCUAUUGAUCGUUUUUUUUAUUCUCGUCUCUUUGUUAAAUGCUAAAAAUAGCCAGAAUUCUCACUUCUGCUGAUAUUUACCUGUUGAUGUCUAGAAAUUUUAAAUAACGCAUAACAAAUGUGCCCAUUUAGACAAACCAGCCUAUAUGUAAAGUGUAAAUUAUGUGAAGGUAAACAUGAAUAAAUGUAUAAAUGCUGGACUUUAA